AUGCGCUGUAUUUUCAUGGCAGCCAUAUGCAAACGUAUCAAUCAUGAUCCAAGGAGCUUUAGGACGCACAGCUGUUCCCCUUCUAGCUGCCCAUGUUCAUCUUUACUCCUCAUCACACACCCAAACAAUGGAAAUUCCCCCAUAAGAACAGAAAACUGUUUGACGUAUAUACUCUUACUUCCCUCAGUUGCCAUCCAUACCUACCCACCCGUAUGUCCUCGCCAUGAUCUCUCUCAGUCGAAGCGUCCUCGAUCCAACACACAACUACAAACAACAUAA